AUGUCCGAGCUCAUUGCCACCAAACGAGUCGACUUGCUCGCUCCUUAUCUCGCUCUCCCUCAGGGCUCAAAAGUCCAGGCUGAAUACAUCUGGAUUGACGGCGAUGGUGGUCUCCGAUGCAAGACCAUGACCCUGGACCAGAAGCCAUCAGCUGUUUCAGAAUUGAAAGAAUGGAACUUUGAUGGAUCUUCCACCAACCAGGCGCCAGGAAACAACUCUGAUGUCUACCUGCGCCCAGUCGCCAUGUUCAAAGACCCUUUCCGUGGAGGUGACAACAUCCUCGUCCUCUGUGAAUGUUACGACAAUGACGGAACGGUCAACGCAUCCAACUACCGAGCUCACUGCAAGAAAGUCAUGGACGCUGCCAAGGAGCACGAGCCAUGGUUCGGUCUCGAGCAAGAAUACACCUUGUUCGACGCCGAUGGCCAAGUCUUUGGAUGGCCCAAAAUGGGUUUCCCAGGACCUCAGGGACCUUACUACUGUGGUGUCGGAGCUGGACGUGUCUUUGCCCGUGAUUUCAUCGAGGCCCACUACCGCGCUUGCCUCUACGCCGGUGUCAAAAUCUCUGGUAUCAACGCCGAGGUCAUGCCAUCUCAAUGGGAAUUCCAAGUCGGACCAUGUGAGGGUAUCGAGAUGGGAGACCACCUCUGGAUGGCUCGAUUCUUGUUGUUGAGAAUCGGUGAGGAGUGGGGUAUCAAGCCCUCCCUCCACCCCAAGCCUCUCAAGGGAGACUGGAACGGUGCCGGCUGCCACUCCAACUUCUCAACUGUCGAGAUGCGAACACCUGGAAAGGGUAUGGCCGCUAUCGAGGCUGCUAUCAAGAAGCUGGAGGCCAAGCACUUGGAACACAUUGCCGUUUACGGAGAGGACAACGAGCAACGUCUGACUGGAAAGCACGAGACUGCCAGUAUCGGUCAAUUUUCAGCUGGUGUUGCCAACCGUGGUGCCUCCAUCCGAAUUCCCCGUCAUGUUGGUGCUCAGGGAUACGGAUACCUGGAAGACCGACGACCAGCUUCCAACGUUGACCCAUACCGAGUUACCGCCAUCCUGGUCGAGACUACUCUGCUUUAA